AUGACUCGAGUAAUUGCAACCAUUACCGACGCCGGCACACAUUACUCAACCGUCACAACAACCAUUCGUGGAGGCACGGGAGAUGACUAUGUGCAUGUAACUGAUUACGACUCCUCUGAAUCGGAGCAGGAGCAUGAUACCCCCCCUCAAAGGAGGAGAGAUGCUGACCCUACUCGGCACUGUCGGCACCGCCAUAGGCAGGAGGCUAAUGAGCCCCGAGGAGCGACGAACCAAGCCUAUGAGGAUCGAAUCCGUGCUUAUGAGGAGGAAAUUGCACGAUUGAAAAGGGACCAGGCAAGAUUACCGCCUCCGGAACCAAGGGAUGAAAACCCUCGUCAGACCAUCAUGAAUCAGAUUCACUUGUUACCAGCAGGCGAUCCCGAUAAUCCCGUUCCCCCUUUUACGCAAGAAAUUAUGGGUGCAAGAAUUUCCCAAAAAUUCAAGCUCCCAACCAUUAAAGCUUAUGAUGGCACGGGUGAUCCCGCUAACCACGUUCGGACCUUCAUGAACGCUCUGUUACUCCAACCCGUCACCGAAGCAAUCAAGUGCCGUGCUUUUCCUCAAACCUUGAGCGGGAUGGCCCAGCAUUGGUAUAGUCGCCUACCCCCAAAUUCUAUCUCUUGUUUUGCUGACUUGAGCAGGGCUUUCAUAGGGCAGUUUGUUGGAAGCAAAACGCAUGCUAAGAGCUCUGCCUCUCUAAUGAAUCUACAUCAAGGUAAGAAUGAAUCACUACGGGAGUAUAUGAAUCGUUUUACCAAAGAAGCCUUGAAGGUCCUGGACCUAGAUCAGAAGAGUAACCAAGGGCCGAACACCAACUUUAAGAAACGUGGGAACGACGCCGAGUAUAACGCUGAGAACAAAUAUGCCAAAAAGGAUGAUGAUGAGAAGUCGCCUGCUAAAAAGAAGGUAGGACCACGGUUCACAGAAUAUGCUAGGCUCAAUGCCCCAAGGAGUCAAAUCCUAAUGGAGAUCGAAAAGGAUGAGAGUGUUCGAUGGCCAAAGCCCAUAAGGACUGACCCAGAGAAACGAAACAAGGAUUUGUAUUGUCGAUUCCACAAAGACACGGGGCAUAAAACCGAUGAUUGUCGGCAGCUGAAAGAUGAAAUCGAAUUCUUGAUCCGAAGAGGCAAGUUGUCUAAAUUUACCAAGGAUGGAGACAAGAAUCAUCGGGACAACGACAGUCGUGGAAGAGACAAUGAUGAUAAGAGAACUCAGCCUCGAGGGCCUGUGAUUAAUGUAAUCUCCGGAGGGCCUACGGCUGCAGGCACUUCAAGUAAUUCAAGAAAAGCUUAUGCAAGGGAAGUGAUGAAUAUAGUUGGAGAACCCCCGAACCGGACAAAAAUUGACUAUGCAAUGACAUUCGAUAAUAUCGACCUUGAGAAGAGAGUGCUUGUUGAUAAUGGAGCCUCGGUGGAUAUCUUGUUCUAUGAUGCCUAUGAAAAGAUGGGAUACUCCGAUACUUAA